CCCCUGCCACACUCACCCACCUUUUUUGUUUUCACCGCUAUAAUUUAUGCCUCUGCUAUGUUCGGAGUAUUGAACAGCGAUAAUCACUGUGCAGCGGUACAACAAGGAAACAUCCUCGCCUUUGGAAGAACCUCUUCUGAAUUUUGGACGAACAAUCCUACCUCAAGUUAUCGGUGUGAAACUGGAGGAAACCGUACGGACAGCGGCCAAAGCCACAUCAGACGACCCAUGAACGCAUUCAUGGUGUGGUCGCGUGAUCAAAGGCGCAAGGUGGCUCUAGAGAAUCCCCAAAUGCAAAACUCAGAGAUCAGCAAGCGGCUGGGGUACCAGUGGAAAAUGCUUACAGAAGCCGAAAAACGGCCAUUCUUCGAGGAGGCGCAGAGAAUACAGGCCAUGCACCGAGAGAAAUACCCAGACUAUAAAUAUCGACCUCGUCGGAAGGCCGUGCCAAAGAACAGUGAUAAAUUGCUACCUGCAGCCUCCUCCUCCAUGCUGUGCAGGCAGGGGAACGUGGAUGAGAGGUGGUACCCCUUCACGUGGAGGGGCGGCCGUACUAGGGCUUCACACUCAGGAACAGAGGACCGGUUAAACUCCUCACAAGCCGCGAACAUAGUCCGCUCCCUGCUGCAACAGGAGCACCACUGCAGCUCCACAAGCCUCCGUCACAGUCCAGAAACGUUGGCUAUACAGCUGUCCACAGACUUUUACCCUAAGUAACAGCCGGGACUUUCUGGUGCUUAUUUUCCAUAGUGAUUUUCUUACUCUGGCUAACAAAGGCCCUAUUCACAUUAAUUUUGCUAUUAUUUCA